AUGACAGUUGUCCACUAUAGGUCAUAUAUAGAACCACUACUUGUUCUCAAGAUGAGUACGAAGAUUAUUAAACCAAAUGCCGGGGAACCCGACCCCUUCGAGACAUCGAUCUCGCAGGCGUUGGUUGAGUUAGAAACUAAUUCUGACCUCAAGGCCCAGCUCCGGGAGCUCUACAUAACUAAGGCUAAGGAAAUUGAACUUCAUAACAAAAAGUCAAUCAUCAUCUAUGUGCCGAUGCCUAAGCUGAAGGCAUUCCAAAAGAUCCAAAUCCGCCUUGUGCGUGAGCUGGAGAAGAAAUUUAGUGGAAAACAUGUGGUCUUUAUUGGUGAUCGCAAGAUUUUACCCAAACCCAGCCACAAGACUCGUGUUGCUAACAAACAGAAGAGGCCUCGAUCGAGAACACUUACAUCAGUGUAUGAUGCCAUUCUCGAGGACUUAGUGUUUCCUGCUGAAAUUGUUGGCAAACGCAUCAGGGUCAAACUGGAUGGCUCACAGCUAAUCAAAGUGCACCUUGACAAGAACCAGCAGACAACUAUUGAGCACAAGGUGGAUACCUUCCAAUCAGUAUACAAGAAGUUAACGGGGCGCGAAGUCACAUUUGAGUUCCCCGAGCCCUAUUUGUAG